AUGUCGACAGAAGGCGGGAAGAGAGCGGCUUUUCUGGGGCUACUCAUUCGGGAGAGCUGGCCGUCGAAAGACGUUGCGUCAGAUGACGACGUGUCAUCUGGCAUGCCACCGGUGCGACGUGAUGAGCACACGCAAGGCUGCCGGACGAUGCUCAGGGCGGAGGUGCUAUGCGGAACGAAGCAAAGCGAAGCAAAACGGAGCGGAUCAAAUCGUAUCGGAUUGGAUCAGCGCGAUCUGGUCGGUGACGCCGUCUUCCCGACUGACCAGAGGACGGUGCCCGGAGCUGGGGACGGUCAGGCGUCCGGUUGUGAUAGGGCGCCGGGCGCACGAAGUACAGAAGAGGAGGAGGAGGCUGGGAAACCCAGACAUGGGCUCGGCUAG